AUGAAUGGUGAUAUUCAAUUUGACGAUAUCGACUUUGCUUAUCCAGCUCGACCUGAUGUCUUAGUCCUACAAAAUCUCACACUGAUGGCUCGUGCAGGUGAGAUAACAGCAUUAGUUGUUUCAAGUGGCGCCGGCAAGAGCACAUGUGUUUCACUUCUGUUUCGUUUUUAUGAACCUUUAUCGGGCCGCAUUGCAAUUAAUAAUCGAUCGAUUACUGAUUACAAUCUCAAAAAACUCCGACAAAAGAUUGUUGUUGUCAGUCAAGAACCUAUUCUCUUUGCCACAAGUAUCUAUGAAAAUAUUCGUUUGGGUAAAGAAAAUGCGACAAGAAUUGAGAUCGAAGAAGCAGCACGUCAAGUCAAUGCACACGAUUUUAUUAUGCAAUUACCUAAUAAAUAUGAUACAGUUGUCGGUGGACGUGGUGUUCAAUUGAGUGGCGGUGAAAAGCAACGUGUAGCUUUAGCUCGUGCUCUUGUCAAACAGCCAGCCUUACUUUUGUUGGACGAAGCGACCAGUACUCUUGAUAAUGCCAAUGAAAAGAUCGUCCAAGAAGCACUCGAUCGCGCUUGUAAAGGUCGGACGACUAUUGUUAUCGCUCAUCGUUUGGCAACAAUUCGAAAUGCUCAUCGAAUUUAUGUGUUGGAUAAUGGACAUGCCAUCGAACAAGGUACACACGAGACACUGAUGUUAAACGAAGGAAGUCGAUAUUGCGAGAUGAUGAAAGCUCAACAGAGAAUAGAAAAUGAUAUCGAUGAAAGAACGAGCUUCACACAAACAGAAGAUGAUGAUGAUCAAACAAAAAUAUGUAUGUAA